AUGUUCUCGCGACAGGUUCUCCGCGCCGCCCGAGUCGCCGCUCCUCAGCGAGCCCUCGCCCUCCGAGCCGCCCCCGUCCGAUCCUUCGCUGCCGCUGCCUCGACCGAAGUCAAGCCCCCGAUUUCCGUCUUCGGCGUUGAUGGCACAUAUGCUACUGCUCUGUACACUGCCGCCGUCAAGACCUCGAGCAUCGACGCCGCUGCCGAUGCCCUGAACAGACUCGGCGCUCUCAUCGAGAAGGACCCCAAGCUCGCCACCGUCCUGUCCGCCCCUACCCUCACCGCGGCCGACAAGAAGGCCAUCGUCCAGGAGCUCGAGAAGCAGAUCAACACCAAGGACGAGACCGUCAAGAACUUCCUCGCCACCCUCGCCGAGAACAACCGACUUGGACUUAUCCCCGGUGUUGUUGAGAAGUUCUCCUCCAUCAUCUCUGCCGCCCGCGGUGAGGUUGAGCUCACUGUUACCAGCGCUCAGGCUCUCGACAAGCGAACCCUCAACCGAUUGGAGACUGCCGUCUCCAAGUCUGCCUACGUCAGCCAGGGCCAGAAGCUCAAGGUCACCAACGAGGUUAACCCCGAGAUUGUUGGUGGACUUGUCGUUGAGAUCGGUGACCGAACCAUCGACCUCAGCGUCUCUUCCCGCAUCGCCAAGAUGAACAAGCUCCUCACGGACUCUCUGUAA